GAGAUCGUGAGCUGUCACAUCACGUCAAUUUGACAUUUAAUUUACCCAAAGCAUUUGUUCGAGCGUUGAUAAUUAAUUUCCGUGUUUGAAAUAUUUUAAAAAUGGGAAUUUUCGCAUCCUGCUGUAAACCAUCCGCAACAUACGAGGACCUCACACCUGAUCCGGUAAUUGAAGUAAGACGACAACAGUUGGUCGCGGCUGCUGAAAAAAGACAAGCAGAGCAAGAAACACGAGGAAUUAAAAAUGUGGAUGCAGUGAAAAGGCAACAGCGAUUGGAUGAAGAGCGCAGAAAAAGAGAGGAAGUGGCUGCUCCUACUGAUGGUCCACUGAAGUGGCAAAUGGAGUGAGAAAAUUAAAACCUUUAAAUGUUAUGCAUUCGUCAAAGGGAAGUAUUAUUUAUGGUGAAAGCCUGUUAACAUUCAUGUGGCUGGUUUAUAUAAAUUUUCUACAACCCCUUUUUUACAUUAAAAUUUUAUAUAAUUGCUGAUUAAACUAAGAAAAUUACUAAAAAAAUAUUUACGAUUUUUACAAUCAAGAUUUAGUUAUCCUUGCAAUUUUCUUUCACGAAAUCAAAAUUAAAAAAAUCAUUAGAAAUUCUUCUUGAAUGUUAAUAGCAUAUUCUAUUAGGUACAGCCACAUUUUUUAUUUAAAUUACAAAUUAUAUUACGAUUAUUCGUACCUGCAGAGGCACUCGAGAAUAUUUACUCUGCUUUAUUUGUGAAUAGAUUUACAAAUCGCUUAUUGAAGCGUCUUCGAUUUCAUCGAAAAUGGUGUAUAAAUUAUGAAUAAAUAAUUUAUUAUUUAAUAACCUA